AUGCUCUGCGCGGCGCGGCGCUGCGAUGCUAUGCUAUGCUAUGCGAUGCGCUGUUCCUUCUCAUAUCCUCAAGACACACAACAAAGAUUCAACAUGGGUAUCACUCGUGACUCGCGACACAAGCGAUCGGCCUCCGGUGCCCGCCGCGCCUACUACCGCAAGAAGCGCGCUUUCGAGCUCGGUCGUCAGGCUGCCAACACCCGUAUCGGUGCCAAGCGUAUCCACACUGUCCGUGUUCGUGGCGGUAACCUCAAGCACCGUGCUCUCCGUCUCGAGUCCGGCAACUUCGCUUGGGGCUCCGAGCACAUCACUGCCAAGACCCGUGUUCUCGGUGUCGUCUACAACGCCUCGAACAACGAGCUUGUCCGCACCAACACCCUCGUCAAGGGCUGCAUCGUUCAGGUCGAUGCCACCCCCUUCCGUCAGGCUUACGAGAAGCACUACGGCCAGCCCGUGACCACCAAGCGCCGUGCCGCUGGUCAGGGUGCCGCCGAGGCCAACGUUGACGAGGCCAAGCUUUCCAACAACGUCACCCGCAAGCUUGAGAACCGCCGCAAGGAGGGCAAGCUCGACUCGCUCGUUGAGCAGCAGUUCGGUGCCGGUCGUCUCUACGCCGCCGUCUCGUCGCGUCCCGGUCAGUCGGGUCGCUGCGACGGAUACAUCCUUGAGGGCAAGGAGCUCGAGUUCUACGUUCGUCGUCUCAGGGCUUCCAAGGGCAGCAAGCAGUAA